GGGCGCACCCAUUUAUGGUGCGUUCUUCCAUGCAUUAUGACAUCCAGUCGGAUAUUAAUUUAAGUACAUUUAGAUGUGUGAGAUAUAUUGAUUCAUAGUCGUCAACAUUGUCUCCAUUUUCGUAAUUUCCCCUCUUUCAACAAACUGUUGGUUUAAACUUCAACUAUGGACGGCAUAAUCGCGAAGUUCUUCUCCUCGGAAGAAGAGGAGUUGUAUGUAUUGGACUGCUUGGCUUACUUCAUGAUUUUUAUGGCAGCUUGCACAUUCCUGACUUUACUUUUUGAGAAUGUCCCAUAUGGCCGAUAUGCUUCAAGCAAAUAUGGAUUCCCUGUGAACGUGAAAUUCGCUUGGUUUGUGCAAGAGCUUCCAGCGUUUGUUGUGCCAGUAUGCCUAAUGACGUUGACAUCCUCUGCAAGAACCUCUCUGCGGCCAAAUCAGUUAUUACUAGCCAUGUACUUCUGUCACUAUGCUCAAAGGUCUCUUAUCUAUCCAUUUUUAAUUAGAGGGGGGAAAUCGACACCGUUUCUGUCUUUUAUUCUGGCGUUUGUCUUCUGCAUCUACAAUGGAUACAUGCAGGUGCGAUACCUGAGUAAUUAUGCCCACUACACCGCAGACUGGAUUAUACACCCCUGUUUCAUCCUAGGAUCUGCUUUGUGGUUGGUGGGUUGGCUAGUAAACAUCCACUCAGAUCACAUCUUGAGAAACUUACGGAAGCCUGGGGAGACCGGCUACAAGAUACCCAGAGGUGGCCUGUUUGAGUAUGUGUCUGGAGCCAACUUCUUUGGGGAGAUAACAGAGUGGGCUGGUUUUGCUCUGGCUGCCCAGUCUAUCCAGAGCACCUCUUUCGCCAUCUUCACCGUCAUAGUCCUCUCCAGCAGGGCUGUGGCACACCACAGGUGGUACCUAACUAAAUUUGAAGACUAUCCAAAAUCCAGGAAGGCUCUGAUUCCAUUUGUGUUUUAAAGUACCCCCGACAGGUGUCUAAAACAGUUAUUGUUUAUAAUGAUGUUGUCCUCGACUCAUAAUACAUAAUUUAAAUAUUUUUGGGAGGAAGAAAUGCAAAAAAGUGCUUGAACACCAUCUCUCAAGGCUUUUUUGGCAGAAACUUGGAUGCUAGAUCACUAGAUGCAAACGUUUUUUUGCAUGAUGAAUCAUCAUCAUUUGAAGAUUUUGCACAAGGAAUAUAUCAUCCCCAUCUGGACCUUGAGUGGAAUAUACCUACCUGACAACACACUGUGACAGUUUACAAUUUGUCUUUGUUACUAUUUUCUCUGUGGACCAAGCAACCAGUCUUUGCUUUUCAUAAUAAGGAAUCGAUAUCAGGUGAAAAAUGAAGUCCCCUUAAAAGUAAUGAACUGAAUUCACAUGAAAGUACUGUGCUAGCUGUAGGAGCUUCCUGAGUUUUAGGAUCAGCACCGCUCUGAAAGAUCAGGUCCUGAACGAGAAUCGGAUGAAUAAAAGCAAUUUAUAUCAAUCAAUGCUCAUUGAAACCAAGGGGGGGCAGCAGACCCAUCUUCUGGGGGUAGUCCUUGUUGUGUUUUCUGUGUGUUUACAGUGUAACCCUCAGUGGAGAGCUCUCUCUUUGUCACUACAUGACUUAUACCACUCAUUCUCCGCAUCUCAUUUGAAACCUACUCAGUCGCAGGGAAAUGAGGAGAAGGGGUCUAUUGAGGCCUACUGUUUGUAUUGUCGCCUAAGCUAGGCUAGGCGGACGACAGCAAUGUCAAAGAUAGAGAGGUAAUAGGAUGAGGAAACAUUGGAACGAGGGUCUGAAAUAUAUGAGGAGGAAGAGUGAAAUAAAUGGGAAGCACAUUGAACACCA